ACUCCAUAAGCCGUACGAAACUAGCCAGAUCACGCCGAUGGCCUCCACAAAGAUCGUCAUGUAACAUGUUACUUGUCCGUCGUCACCGCCUGUGCCUGACUACCCUAGUGCCUGUCCGCUUCCAGACUGUCUUAAAACCGACCUCACUCCAGAUCAAAUCCUCAUCCCGUGCAUCCCAUUCAAUCACUAAAACUACCCUGGAAUUGUGUUCGGCCCACUCUGGACCGACAAUGAUCAACGCUGGCUCACCAACUUCCCCCGUAUGACAUGGAUGCAGCUCCCAACUGUGCCAUCUGCAAUGCGCCGCCCUAUCCCGAAUGCUCCUGCGAGUCGGAGCGCCUGCAAAUUGCCGUCAAGCAGGCCGAGCAGCGGGCCAUGGACGAGAGGCUGGCUGAAAUACGAGACUGGGUGAUUAACCACGCGCGUCAGCAUAUCUUGAAUGCCUUUGAGCGGUUGACGUCAACUCGCAAGCAAGCCCAUUCAUCAUACCUUGCCUCGCUCCCACACUACGAAGUCUACAUGCGAUAUUCUGGUCAUCCGCCAAUACACCCCAUGUACGUGGCGACGCUUCAGACACAAAUCGCAGAAGCCCAUGCUGAGCUCAAGCGUGGCAUUGACGCCGAUUGGCGAGCAUCGGUUCUUCGCUACCCGGAAGUCUUGGACUACUUCUACAGCCUUGUUGACCUCAGGCUGCCGGAUGACCAUUCUCGAGAGGUUGUUGAACCGCCUUUCGCGGCUGCAGGUUACACUGACAUAGGCUACGGUGUCAAAGAGAAGAAGAAGAAGACACGACGAGACAGAGAUAGCUCAGUAUCUCAUGGACACAUGGCAGUCGGCAGAGUAGCGCGCGGACCGCCUCCAGUACCAGUACCGCCGCCAGCACCGGGUCAACACGUAGGAUUUCCUCGUGGAGCUGGUCCAUACCCGUAUUAGGGUUGUGGGAAUUACUCAUGGCCCGACACAAUCGCGCUUGCGAUCGUCUCGUGGAGACAUUUUCAACAGUCAGCAACCAUGGAAAGCAUAUGAUAGAAAUGUCGUGCGCGUCGAUAAGUUUCGCUGCGCGAGGAUAUGGUGGCAUGGAAUUGGCUGAUGGCUAAAUGUAUGUGUCGCCUGCUAAGACACAGGAAAUCGGAGCAUAGCGAGGAGUCCUUUUUUCCCGAUUUUCCUUCUAUUCAAUCGUGAUCAAGAUGACACGUAGUAAAUAUUCAGAGCUAGAACGAGAUGAAAUAUCUUGAAUUAUCAAUCAAUGUACAUGAACUUUGUUUCUCCC